AUUAGACAUGCAUGAAUAUGUUUUAAAUUCAUGUGUUCAUGACAAAAUGAUCGAGUACAUCCAUGAGUGAGACUGCAUCGGCGGGCUAAAACUUUGUUCCAGCAGCUGAGUCACUGUAAACACCGUACAGACCGAAAUCAAUUUAUUGUCACAAACAUUUGGUGCAAAAGUAUUAAUUGUGUUAAAUGCGUGACUAGUUAAUAUUAUUUCCCUACUUACGUGCUAUUCAGACGGUAGAAGUAUUUAGGAAAUAGGGUAUUUAUAGUACAUGCAUCAUAAUUGGGUCUCUACAAAUUCCCGAUAGAAUGGCAGGGGCGGAAGCUUCCGACGCUGUGAUGAUGAGCUGCGAACUCAAGGAGUUGGGCCCAGUAUCUGAAAUAAUGAAGCUGUUGGAAUGCCCUAUUUGCAAGGGGUUGCCCAUUCCGCCCAUUUGGAAUUGCGACAACGGUCACAUAAGCUGCGACCAGUGUAAGUCGCAACUGGACGAGUGUGGAUUGUGUAGAGCCCCUUUCGCAGGGGGGAGGAAUUUCUUCAUGGAAGGCGUCGUCAACGAUUGUCUCGUUACUUGCCCAUACGCGGAGGUCGGCUGUGGGGCGGUGUUCAGGACACAUUUCAUGAAAAACCAUGCUGCAGAGUGCAAGUUUGGGCCUAAAAUAAAAUGGAUUUCUUGCCAAAACGGAAAUUUUCCUCCCAACGCGAUUAAAGGUGGACGGCAGCAUGGAGUUGACUUGUUUAUUAUUCGUGCACCUCACAUGGGUUCGACUACUCCAGGAAAACUAUAUGAAUUUGCACCACCGGGGGUACAUCCAGGAGGGUCAAAGGCAACUUUAGCAUGGGGUGGUGGCGAACGUCACAAGUUCUCGUAUGAGGUGUUGGUUGCCCCAUUGGGUCAUGUCUCUUGGGUUACUUCACAGAACGGUGACACAACGCACAAUGCAGUGAUUGGCGGAGUAUCUGAAACGGGUGAAACGUUGUACAUUGGUCGAUUUUUACAUGAAGAUAAUCUCAUCAAUGGAAAAAUACAUCCCAGCCAUCGUUGUUGUUAUAUUGGCGUAAAUGGGCGUGAGAUUGCAUCCUCCACGUAUGAAAUUUUGGUUAAAGUCGAUCUUCCUCCUCCCACUGAAUCUAACGAUGAUUCCACGAUGAAUCGUAAUAUUUCGGAUAAUGAUGAUAUGCCAGCGUACUAUUCUUAAAUUGCGUGAUUACCCCAUGCGCAUUUCAGAAUGAGCUCUUAAUGGAUCGAUGAGUAAUAUUAUUAUUGUAAUAUUUACAGUAUUUUUUGUGUUAACGAUAGAACGCAUUUUACGAAUAAAUGGGGAACAUACGUUGACUUUUAAAAACGA